AUGACGUUUUCAUAUGAAGUGCAAGACCCGAAGACGUUACGCCAAAUACCGGAUCAAUACCGGAAGUGUUUUGAAUGUGAUAAAACGCGCAUAGAUGAGCUUCGUCGUUCAACACUUUGUUGUCAUGUUUUAUGCCAAGCAUGCUUGAACACAAAACAUGAUAAAUUUCCAUGUGGGAGGUGUGGUGAGACAUUAACUAAAAAUGACUUUGUGCCAUAUAAACGAGAUGAUCUGCUCGUGAAAAAAGAUAAGAGAGGGGACUUGCCAAAAAGCGUCAAAGAUCUCGAAAGAAACGACUUUGAAGACACCCCAACUUAUAAUAACUUCUUGGAAAACGUCGAGAAGCUCAACGAACUCAUGAAAACAUCAUCGGACAAAACUAAGUACAAGGACCUCUACGAUCUGAUCGCGUCGAAGAAAACACACAAGGCUAAAGAACAAAAGACCCGCGCGCGUAUCAACCUCGAAGCUAUCACUACACACAAACAAAAGAAACAAGAAGCAACAGCACGUGUCCCAACUAUUGGGGACUUGGUCCAGAAAGGAGAGGUGGCGCAGAAAAACGAGUUGAUUAAAGAACAACGAAGAAAGGUCGACGAGCAAACAAAGCGUGUCUAUGGGUAUGACCCAACUUGUGUUAACAAGAAGAAGGUCUACCAGGCACUCAACUGGUUCUGA